AUGGAUGAGGCCUCGAAUUUCGAGGCCGUCGCCGCGCCUACCCUUUCACCGUCCCCUGAAAAUGUUCUGUUCAACAAGUACGAGCUCGGGAAGCUCCUCGGCUGUGGCGCCUUCGCCAAGCAGCUGAUCUCCGCCGUCGGCUACUGCCACCUCCGCGGCGUCUACCACCGCGACCUGAAACCCGAGAACCUCCUCGUCGACGAGGCCGGCGACCUCAAGGUCUCCGAUUUCGGGCUCAGCGCCUUCCGCGACGACCAGAUCCGGGCCGACGGCCUCCUCCACACGCUCUGCGGCACGCCCGCCUACGUGGCGCCGGAGAUCCUCGCCAAGCGGGGCUACGACGGCGCGCGNGUCGACGUCUGGUCCUGCGGCGUCGUGGAUGUCGCCGGAGCUCAAGCANNACUAACCCGGCUCCUCGAUACGAACCCCGAGACCCGAAUCACGAUCGACGAGAUUAAGCGCGACCCUUGGUUCCAACCGGGCUACCGAGAGGUGAAGCGUGAGGGCAACGGGCUCGUUUUGAAGGAGGAGGAGCGGAAGCUCAUAGAUCUCAAUGCAUUCGACAUCAUCUCGUUUUCGCGCGGGUUGGAUUUGUCGGGCUUGUUCGAUGAGAAAUUCAAGGCCGCGGAGGAUGUGGACAGGGUAACGGCGGUUGGGUCGCCGGAGAUGGUUAUGGAGAAGGUGGAGGAGGCGGUCGGGACGGAAGGGAAUGACGGGCUGCUGCUGAGGAGGACCAAGGAAUGUGGGGUGGAUUUGGAGGGGCAAAAUGGUAACUUUGUUGUCGGGCUCGACGUUUAUCGGUUGACCGACGAUUUGGUGGUUGUGGAGGUGAAGAGGAAGGCCGGGGAUGCCCGGGCUUUCUCUUCGUUGUGGAGGGACAAAAUUAGGCCCGUAAUUAUGCGACAAGAUAACCACUAG